GAAAGUGCACUUGACAGAUGCAGCGAGAAUGGGAAUUCCGCUCGGCGAUCGUAAAAUCGCCACCAGCUGCUACGAACGUUCUGGCCACUCUGUUGGCUAUCUCUCAGGAAGCCCCCCAGAAUCCCAGGCAUCAAAACUACGUGGAGCAUCCUCGCGAAGCCUACUUCAACGGUUCGGCGUUCCUGAAAUUGAACUCCUUUGUAUCGGUGCACCGUCACAGUAGCCUCAGCUUUCGCACGUGCGAUCCUGGUCUCCUAUUCCUACAAAAGUACAAUGCUAAUUCGAUCAGUCUCGAGGUGACGCCCGAGGGACUGCUCUUCGUGGCUGUGGUCGAUGAGCAGAGGUAUCGAGCCAGGCUAAACGCCAGGUUGCUUAACAACGUCUGGCAUAGCGUCAACUUGCUCUUUAGGCUCGGCAAUCUCACCCUAAAUGCCGCAGGACACACUCAGAUGGUCGCGAAUGCGACUUACAAUUCCGCCAUUCUAACGCUUCCCGACUACGAGGUGAACAGUUCGCUCAUAGUCGGCGAAGGGUUCAGAGGUUGCAUCCUGCAAGGCCCUGGGAUUCUCUUCAACAACAGCGUCAAUAACGGGGCCGUUUUCGGACCCUGUCCGUUGGAUACCAAAGGAUGUGGAACGAGCGGUCUCGGAGGUGGCACUGGGGCACCCACCGUCACAGUCCCCGCUGUGGAUUUCUGCCACCACGAGCCAUGCAUGAUGCAUGGUAAAUGCGUGUCGCGGCAGGAUCGCUACGAGUGCCACUGUUACGCCCGAUACUCCGGCAACAACUGCCAGAUUGAUAAUGGCUCACCCUGUCAGAAUGCGCCCUGCCGCAACGGUGGCACUUGCAACGAAGAUACGCGCGGUGAUUUUAGUUGCAACUGUAAGCCUGGUUUUACCGGCAGUUUUUGUGAAUCUCAACUGGGAGUACGAUUGUGCGAGCAGAAUCCGUGUAGAAACGAUGGUAUUUGUAUGGCGCUAACAGAUAACGAGUACAAGUGCCAGUGUCAGGCUGGCUGGACCGGGAAGAACUGUGAAACUAAUAUUAACGAAUGCGCUUCGAAUCCGUGCAAGAACGGUGGCAUCUGCAUCGAUGGGAUCAAUAAUUAUACUUGCAGAUGCGACAGGACCGGCUACGAAGGCGUCAAUUGCGACGUGGACAUCGAUGAGUGUCAAGCGAACCCGUGCCUGAACAACGGUGUAUGCUAUGAUUAUUACGGUGCCUACAUAUGCCAUUGUCCGACGGGCUUCGAGGGUCAGAAUUGCGAGCUCAAUCUGAACGAAUGCUUGUCCGAACCCUGCGCAAAUGGCGGCGAAUGCGUCGACGAUGUGGGCACUUACCACUGUAACUGCCUCCCAGGUUUCACGGGUCGUCAUUGCGAACUGAGAGGUCUCUGCGAGAAUGCAGCUUGUCCACCUAACAGCAUCUGCGUGGAGGACGCCCAUGGGCCUCAAUGUGUCUGCAAUCCCGGUUUUAUGGGUAAUCCGCCUAAUUGCACAGUCAACUAUUGCGCCAGCAACCCCUGCGCCAACGGUGGCACUUGUACUAGCCGCAGAGAUGGUUAUAAUUGCACCUGCUCGCUUGAAUGGAGAGGAAAGAAUUGCCAGAUCGACGUAGACGAAUGCCUGUCACAGCCAUGCCAGAAUGGCGGUAUCUGCAUUGAUCGUGUUAACGGAUACACCUGCAACUGCACCAGAAACUUCGUAGGCGAUAAUUGCGAACAGGAAUACGAUGCGUGCGUCAUAAAUCCUUGCCAGAACAAUGGUACAUGUACGCUGAUGCCAAGAUCGAAGAAAGAAUUUGUUUGUGAAUGUCCGCACGGUUUUGAGGGCAAGGUGUGCGACGUGAAUAUCAACGAUUGCAUAGGUGUAGAAUGCCCGGAUGACAAAGUUUGCGUUGAUGGUGUCGCUGGUUACGAAUGUAAAUGUCGCAAGGGCUACAGAGACCCCAAUUGCACGUUGAUUGUAGAUCACUGUGCGCCAAUGCCAUGUAAUAACAACAGCACGUGCAUCGAUCUCGGUGAGGACGGGUUUGAAUGCAAGUGCACUGAAGGCUUUCAAGGUCAGCAUUGCGAACUCGAUGUGAACGAGUGCGAGUUGCGCGGAAAUUCUCUGUGCAACAACGGGAUCUGCAUCAAUACUGAGGGCGGCUACGAUUGCUUCUGCCGGCCAGGUUUCUCUGGCGAUCAUUGUGACAUUAACAUCGAUGAGUGCCUGUGCGGCCCGUGCAAGAAUAAUGCUACGUGUCUUGAUGGCAUCAACAUGUUUCAGUGCUUGUGUCAACCCGGUUACACUGGCAAGACCUGCGAGAUAGACGUGAACGAGUGCGACAGCAACCCGUGUCACAACGGAGCGCAAUGUGUAAACGGUAUAGCGUCGUACACGUGCGUGUGCCCGGCGGGUUUCCUCGGUAUGAAUUGCGAGAUCAACAUCGAUGAAUGCGAAUCGUCACCCUGUAUGAAUCAAGGAAAGUGCAAUGAUGACGUAAAUGGUUACACCUGCGACUGCAGCGAUACCGGUUUCGAGGGUCCACAUUGCGAGAAUAAUAUAGACGAAUGUUUGUCACAACCGUGUGUAAAUGGCGGACUGUGCGUGGACGACAUUAAGAGUUAUAAAUGCCAAUGCUAUGCCGGCUACAUCGGUAAGAAUUGCGAAGUGGACGUGAACGAGUGCGAAAGCUCGCCCUGUCAGUACAAUGGCACUUGCCUUGAGCGGUCAAAUAAAAAUCUUUACAAGAGCGAGGCCUUAAACUUACCUGCGAUCUUCACUCAGGAGUUCAAUUAUGCCAAUGCCAGCGGGUAUGAGUGCCUCUGCGUGCAAGGUGUCACCGGCAAGAAUUGCGAGGUGAACAUUAAUGAGUGCGACAGCAAUCCCUGCGGUCCAGGUACCUGCAUGGAUCGUAUCGGUGGCUACACCUGCGAGUGUGACGAGGGCUACGAGGGAGAUCACUGCCAGCACGAGAUUGACGAAUGCAAGAGAUACAAUCCCUGCGAGCAUGGAGUGUGCACCGACGGUAAAGCCGACUAUUUUUGCAACUGCGAGCCAGAGUACGGUGGCAAAAAUUGUUCGGUAAAACUAAUGGGCUGUCAGGGCAAUGCCUGUCAAAACGGCGGCACUUGCUGGCCCUACCUAGUUGAUGAGACCGUCCACAAGUUUAAUUGCACCUGUCCCAACGGCUAUCACGGCGAAGUCUGCGAUUACGUGACAACGAUGUCUCUGAGCGGCAGCUCGUACGUCCUGGUGAACACCACACGUGACGAAGGCUACGAUAUCCAAUUUCGCUUCAGGACUACCUUGCCAAAUGGUCUCCUAGCGAUCGGUAGGGGUGUGACCAUUUAUAUUCUUCAGCUGGUGAACGGUAAACUCAAUAUACACUCUAGUAUAUUGAACAAAUGGGAUGGAGUCUUCGUCGGUAGUGGACUUAACGACUCCAACUGGCAGAAGGCCUUUGUGGCGAUCAACGCGACUCAUCUCGUUCUUUCGGCCAACGAGGAACAGACUAUCUAUCCCAUCAGUCCCAACGAAGGUUCCAAUUCAUCGAAUCAUACGUCCUUCCCCACGACUUUUGUAGGCGGAAGUCACAUAAGCUCUUUAAGCUUCCUAAGAAGAUUAUCUCGCUUACCUUCGUUUACCUUUUUUAUCGGCUGCAUGGAAGACGUCGUCAUCAACGGCGAAUGGGUCUACUCUGGCACCACGUCGAAAACCGUGUACAUGGAAGAUGUGGAACCGGGCUGUCCCCGCGAUGCUCAAUGUUCACCGAAUCCUUGUAAGAACGGCGGCCAUUGUACUGAUCGUUGGCGCGACUUCCACUGCAAAUGCGAACGUCCUUAUCUCGGUCACAAAUGUCAGUACAAUAUGACAGCCGCCACCUUCGGCUACGAGAAUAUCACGAAUGGUUACGUGACCGUGAGGGUCAGCGACGCGACCAGACGUACCGUCAGCUCGGUCGUCGAUAUUUCCAUGUUUAUUCGCACGUGGGAAAGCUAUGGUGAUAUCUUCUAUCUUGGCACGGAACUGGAUUCUCAGAUCGAACAGAAGCCACAAGAGAAGACCUACAUAGCGGCGCAGUUAGAGGGCGGUGAACUGCUUGUCAGGAUUCAAUUUAACGGCACGGAGGCCUAUACCGUCGGCGGCGUGAAGCUCAACGAUGGAAAUAACCAUCUGAUCCAGGUGGUGCGAAACGUUACUCUCGUCCAAGUGAAGAUCAAUGGCACUGAAUAUUUCCGGAAAACCAUCAGUGCCACCGGAGACCUAAACGUGACCGUUCUUUAUCUGGGAGGAUUACCGCAAGCAUCGCGAUACAUCCGUCAAGUCGAUAGUAGGCAGAUGGAAGUGCAGCAAACACCGCAGAUCAAUUUCAAGGGUAUUAUCCAAGAUGUGCAGAUAUCAAACGGCACGAGAACUAUGUAUGUGGAAUUUUUCCCACUAAAGGCUCAAGACAUUCCUGCACUUGUUCAAUUCGGCAAUGUCUCCUUCGACUCUGAAAAGGUCCUCGAAGGCGUGGUAUCGGACGACGUAUGCGUGAGCAACCCAUGCAAUCACAAUGGCACGUGUCACAUAACGUGGAACGACUUCUGGUGUCAGUGCCCACGCGGUUACACUGGUAAGACCUGUCAGGAAAUGGAAUUCUGUCAGUUGCAAGACUGCCCGGCGGGUUCACGCUGCCAGAAUCUUGACGAUGGCUACGAGUGCAUUGCUAAUGCGACCUUCGAUGGUGUUUCUACUGUCUUCACGUACACGUACGGUCGUGCUACGGAUGCCGCCAGUGACUUACCACUCGACACCAUCGAAAUCACCUAUCGAUCCAAUACUGGAGGCACGUUGCUUCACAUGGCAUCCCACAUGGGUGACCAACAUUUCACCGUGUCCGUCUUCAGAGACACCGUCACUGUUUCCUGGCGAUUCGAUUUAAAAGAGAACCAGGAUAUCGUCUCCUUUGGUAAGAAUCAACCGGAUGGAAACUGGACUUCACUACUUAUAAGACUGAACAAUAAUUCCGUGGAGUGCGGUUACACCAAUCCCGGUGAAGAGCAGCCUCAUGUGAGUCCCAACUUCAGCUUCCAACUGUGGUACAAUCUAUUAGUGUCAGGAACUGUCACCCUCGGUGGACUUUCCUCCAAUGCCUUAUCCGAUAGGCAUACGUAUCUUACUGUUGGAUCCAGACAAGAGAAGAGAAACGGGCAAAUUGUGGGCAACAGCGUGGAUUACAAUGAGCACAGGUUGACGACCGCUAUGCCUCCGCACAGUAUGAUGUCUGGUGAACCGUUUAAGGGCUGCCUCGGCGAAGUGCGUAUCGGCAGCAUGUUGCUGCACUAUUUUACGUACGAAGAGGUUUAUCAGAAUGCAAACUUUACCCCGCUGGAGUUCCUGGAAUUGCAGGGUAACGCUAACGCCACUCAUCGCGACAGCAUUGGUUGCCAGCUGUGCUUCGACACAGACUGCAAAAACGAUGGUUAUUGCUUCGAUAAGGGCAACAGCUACGUAUGCGAAUGCCCGGCGGGUUACGCCGAGGACGACUGUUCUUUUAACAUCGACGAGUGCGUCGACAACAAGUGCCAAAAUGGCGCGUCUUGCCAUGACGGUAUCGCCAAUUAUACUUGCGAGUGCAAGAACGGCUGGCAGGGAUGGCUAUGCGAUAGUGACAUCAACGAGUGCGUAACGUUGAGCCCGUGUCAGCACGAAGGCGUAUGCGUGAAUCUGCCAGGCUUGUUCAGGUGCGAGUGCCCUGAUCGAUUCACCGGCGAAUUGUGCGAAAGCUUCCGGCUGAUCACUUGCGAGAACGAACCAUGCAAGAACGGUGCGACCUGUGUGGAUGCGUCGAAUCCAAAGACAGGUGACAACUUCACCUGCAAUUGCAUGCCAGGCUACGUUGGCCCGAUUUGUGACACGCCCUAUUGUAUCGAGAGAAAGUGUCAAAAUGGGGGCAGAUGUGACUUUCCUCCUUUGUAUAUAAAUCAGAUAGAAAAUAAUAAAGCGCCGAGAUGCGCUUGCCCUCUCGGUUACUCCGGCAUGUACUGCGAGAUCAACAUUGAUGACUGCGCACCAGAUUCUGAGGGCGAUGUACCCUGCAAAAACGAUGGCAAAUGUUUCGACGGAGUGAACAAGUUCAUGUGUGACUGUCAAGGCACUGGAUAUACCGGAGUUGAUUGUUCGUACGACGUGAAUGAGUGUAAAGAGUUGAAUGUAGAUUGCGGGCACGGUACUUGCGAGAAUCUACCUGGUUUCUAUCGGUGCAUCUGCGACAAGGGGUAUUGCGGCAGUAAUUGCGGCAUGGAGAAUCCCUGUCAGGAGGGUUUCUGCCACAACGGUGGUACAUGUGAAUGCGCUGAUGAUGGCGGAUACGUAUGCCGAUGCUCUCCUGGCUACACAGGACAAAAUUGUACAGAGCCGGAACAGAACUAUUUAGGUAACCAAGCCCUCGACAUAGCGGUAAUCGUAGGUCCGAUCGUAGGCUUUCUCCUCCUGAUUGCCACUGUAUCCCUUAUAGCGCUCUUUAUGAUGGCAAGAAAGAAACGUGCAACACGUGGCACAUACAGUCCGAGUGCUCAGGAAUUCAGUAAUCCGAGAGUGGAGAUGGAUAAUGUGAUGAAGCCUCCACCGGAAGAGAGAUUGAUCUAAUCGAAUAAUCGAAACUGCAAUCGGAAGAACGUAAUUAGGUAAUGCGAAUGAACUUCGAUAUGUGGAAGUUGCAUUUUGAAAGAACACAUUCUGUUCAGAAAAAAGGUACGUAUUAUAAUAAGAAUAAAAGAAUACAAUUUCUUUUUCUAAAGUUAAAUUUGUAAUUAAUCCAUUGAAUUACAAAUUUCUUUACUUACAAUUUUGCUUAGCUGCAGAUUUUGUUUUCUUUUCUACAAAUGUAAAUCAUUUCGUAUAUCGAGAGUUAUUUGCAUAGCCUAAGUCUUCCAAAAAUGUGAUUCAUCAUUGCGAAGAUUUUCGACUGAAAGCAUCCCAUUAAACAGUAAUAGAAAGAUUGAAAGUUUAUAAUCCAUUUUAAUUCAUUUGAAUACAUUUUGGAUUAAAAGACAGCAUUAAGUCAUUUCAAUCUUCAGUCAUGUCAUGGAUUAAAAUGGAUUGGAUGAUCUGCGAAAACUUCUUUUAUAGAUUGAAAAAAUAAAAAUCACUUUAUUUCAAUUCUUUUUCAUGGAUUAAAAUGGAUUAUAUGGUCCGCAUAACUUUUUUGGAUUGAAAAAAAUAGAAUCCCGUAAGUUCAUCUUACUUCAUGGAUUAAAAUGAAUUCAAAAAAUUCUUAAACUUUAAUUGGAUAGAAAUGGAUUCUUGAUUUUUUGAAUCCAUUUCUAUUCAUGUUAAAUAUUUUGUAUCCAGUUCCGUUUGCUGGGAUGUAGAUCGCUCGACGAACAGCCAAGUCGAUGACGUGAAACGAUUAUUCAUCGCGUCUUCUAGUCCUCGCUGUUUCGUCGUCACAAAACAAUAGACAAAUUAGAAGGGGAGAAUUUAUUAUAAGAAUAAUUUUUUUUUUUUAUUCUUUCCCAGUAAACGGAAAUGGAUUGAAAAUUUGUAAUUCAUUUUAAUUCAUUUUGGAUUAAAAGGCAGCAAUUAAAUCUUUUCAAUUCUAUGUCAUAGAUUAAAAUGGAUUGGAUAAUCCGUGAAAACUCCUUUUAGAUUAAAAAAAAUAAAAAGCACUUUAUUUCAAUCACGUUUCAUGGAUUAAAAUGGAUUCAAGAAAUUCUUAAACUUUAAUUGGAUAGAAAUGGAUUCGUUUGGUCAUUGUCAAAUCCAAAUUCUUGAUUUUUUAAAUCCAUUUUUAUCCAUUUUUAUCCAUUUUUAAUAUUUUGAAUCCAUUUCCAUUUACUGGGUUAGACAAUAAUUAGGAAAUUUCCGUGAAAUCCUUUUAAUUCGAUACUUGCGAAAAAAUCGUAUAGACAUUGAUUUCAAGAUUAAUGAAAAAUUUAAUAGUAAACAUUUUUGCAACAACACAUUUUUCGACGGCAUGUCAGCCAAGGGAAGAUAAUUAUCGAUCAAGUAGAUUUGAAAACUUGACAUUACGUUGAAACAAAGUCAACGUUUUGUUUCGAGCUUUCUGAGCAAUGUGUAGACUGUGUAGAGUGUCUCAGAGAAAAUGUAUAUUCAUUCCAUGCAUAAAUAUACUUUUUAAAUAAUUUGCAUUCUAAAAAUAAGGAUCAUAAUUCGUUUAGUUGAAUCCGAGGGACCAGUAAUGAUGUUCUAAGAUUCGAGAAUUCGAAGAUUUAGAAAUUAAAUGAUUCGAAAGAUUCGAUCAAAGUUCCAAAAGCUAAGAAUCUAAAAGAUUCGAAGAUUCUAAAGUUAAGAAUUUUAAGAGAAUUAGGGGAAGAAAAUAUUUAAUCGUAAAUGACGUUCGAGUAAAAAAAGUUUUAUCGAAAAUAAUAAAGAGGGUGAUCUAUGCUCUUUCCUCUCCUCCAUCUCUCUGGGACACCCUGUAAAUAAUACACGUAAAAUAAAUCAUCUAGAUUAUAAUGAAGUGUACUUAAAGCUCUCAGAAGUGUCCUUAAGACGUUAAGCAAUACUCGAAGGAGGCGAAUCCGAGCAAACAGACCCGUCCAUUUUAGUGCCUAAUCUAUACUCUACUUAAAGAGAUAUUAUUUAUAAGAUGCGGUGCAUGCAAUAUUGAGAAGAAAUAGAGGAAACAAGCAGAACGGUAUGCAAAAAGGCGUACAUGCGAGAUCUCUAAUGCAUAAUGUUCUUACGCUUGCAAAAGAAUAGGUGAAUUAAAGGAAAUUUACACUUAAAUUUUUUCGGCGAAUUCAUAUUGUAAAUUCUUGAAUCUUUAUUUACCUAUACUUUGUUUUCCUCUAAUUAAAUUUUAAUUAAGUUCGUAAUAAAUUCUUCCUCUCUAAAAUGUUAUUUUAAUUAUAUUUUUUCGUUGUUCAAUCCAGUUCUUUCUAAUCUUCAUUAACUCCUUUCAAUUCCUAUCUUUUUUUAGUAUAACUUAUUUUUUACUUUUAUAAAACUUCUAUUCUAAUUCGAUUUUAACAUACUUUUUUAAGUUUUUAUAAUUUUAAUUAGAUUUUUAGUUAAUUUAAUGAAAAGUUUUCUUUUAAUUUGCCUAUCUCUUCGCAGUAAUUAUAUAUGCUAAGUCUUAAAUAUUGUCAAACAGCGACAUAUAUUCCGAUUUAUUGUAAAGAAACGUUGAUAGUGUCAAGCGUUUCCAAUGUAGGUACAGAAAGAGAAAACUUUCUGAAUGCGCACGGAAGAUUCGCAUUAUCGCCGGGCCUGUUAAUUUUGUACAUAGUUAGACAUAACUCGUAAGCCGAAAAAGAUUAGUAACGACUUUAUCACAUUUAGAAUUUUAUAUGACUAUUAGAUAUUUAAUGAUAACGAACGUAUUAAUCGAUACGUACUUAUACUACCACGACCAAAGUAGCGACGAGGCGAUAUCUUAUAAGAUUUUACUUUGUAAAAAUCAUCUUUUAUAAGCGUUUGAUUCUUCACUUACAAAGUAUUUGUGUUCAAGACUGAGUUCCCAGCGUCUAAAAUAAGAGAAAUGAGGAAAAAUGUAAUAUCCAGAAAUGUAAUAUGUAAUAUACUGAAUAUAUAUAUAUAUAUAUAUAUAUAUAUAUAUAUAUAUAUAUAUAUAUAUAUAUAUAUUUGAGUUAGAAUUAAGCUAAGAAUAUCCGUAGGACACGAAGACACGGCAGUACUUCAUUCAUUCGCCACGGCACUGUCGAUCAUUUUGAUCGACAAAUAUUGAAAAUGUAUAAUAAAAAUACAGAUAAAUUUAUUAAUAUGUAAGGUUUAUAGAAAAAAAUUAAUAAACAUUUGUAACAUAAAUAUAAAAUAAUAAAGAAUUACGUUAAUUAA